AAGCAACAUGACAUGUAUAUAAACUGUACAUGAGUCUCACUAUAGUAUGAGGGUAACUUGCUUUGUUCACUGCUGCUCCAAGAUGACUGUUUGGUGGCGGGAUCUCGUCUUCCUUUGCUGUGUACUCAACUGUGUGGAGUCCUCUUCUCCAUCUCCAGUCCUCCAGAGGAUUAAAUAUAACAACUCCUUUCAUCUCACAAGGUCCACCCGAACCCGUGUCCAGCUGCUGCAGAGGAAAUAUAAGGAGCAGCAGUUGGGAAACAAGCAUUUUGAGGACAAAAGCCGGCAGUUGAAGGACCUGCCAUUGCUUUCUACAGAUUUCUACAGCUGGUUAAAUCUGACGGACUGGGAACGACUGCAUGCUGCUUUCUGGGACAUGCACGUCUUUUGGAACAUGCUGGAGUGGAAGAGAAAACAGCUGGAGAAGGAGGAGAAAGAACACAUGGUGGUGCGGGCGUUCGGCACCACUGUACCUCAGGGCAUCAGGCACAUUCAGCUGGACCUGAGGGACCUGAUGAGCCAAGUCAGCAGUCAGAUGAGUUACAUGAAGAGCUCUUGGAAGAAACCAAACUCUCCUACAGCCUUGAGCCCACAAACCAGAUCCAGAACAGUAUGGGACAGCCGAGUGGAGGGUUACAUCAUUCUGAGGGAUCUAGACCUUUACCUCACUAAGCUGGCAAGAGACUUCCUCCUACUGGCUUCAAAAACACACCUAUGACACACACAGACAUACACACACACACACACACACACGUGAAAAGGCUGCACUUACAAUCAGCGCCCUAAGAAUAAUAGUUUUAACUUCAAUUAGUGCUUUAUGGGUAAUUUCAUGGAGCUCUCAUUUAAGCCAGUCACAAUCUUUUUCUUUUUCUCGGGUAUUUCCCACAGUUUCUAUCUCACCUAUAACUGUAAGUUAGCAGUACGCUCCCUCAACAGUGAGACACUUACCAACAUCCUGUUUUUCCCCCAAGGCCUCAGUCUCUUGGACUUUCCAAAGAUUUAUUUACUAUUUAUUGACAUAUUUAUUAGCCUACUAUUUAUU